CGGGGGCGCGCAACCGCCUUGGCCGGCAAGGAAACAGCUCACGGGGCAACGAGGAUUUAUCUACCGGCUUCCAGCCAGCCGCCGUUCGAAACCGGACACGAGGAGGGGGGAGACGCGGUCUCAUCUGGAACCUGGUUCGAGAGCGCCCCCAUCCAUCAGGCUGUUUGGGGGGUUGAUUGCUUUGAGUGCAAGGAGGAGGAGGAGGAUGGCAAUGGCGGCGGCGGCGGAGGGGAGCGGGCUCAGGGACGCGGAGGCGGAGCUCAACCUGCCGCCGGGGUUCCGGUUCCACCCCACCGACGAGGAGCUCGUGGUGCACUACCUCUGCCGGAAGGUGGCGCGGCAGCAGCUGCCCGUGCCCAUCAUCGCCGAGGUCGACCUCUACAAGUCGGAUCCCUGGGAUCUCCCUGAGAAAGCGCUGUUCGGCCGCAAGGAGUGGUACUUCUUCACGCCGCGGGACCGCAAGUACCCGAACGGCUCGCGCCCCAACCGCGCCGCCGGGAGGGGUUACUGGAAGGCCACCGGCGCCGACAAGCCUAUCACGCCCAAGGGCAGCGCCAGGGCGGCGGGCAUCAAGAAGGCGCUGGUGUUCUACUCCGGAAAGGCGCCCCGAGGCGUCAAGACCGACUGGAUCAUGCACGAGUACCGCCUCGCCGACGCGGACCGCGCCCCGGGCAACAAGGGGUCCCAGAAGUUGGACGAGUGGGUGCUGUGCCGGCUGUACAACAAGAAGAACAACUGGGAGAAGGUGAAGGUGGAGGAGCAGGAGGCGGCGCCGUACCACCACCACCGGCAGAGCGGGGGAGAGGUCAUGGACGCGCUCGCCGACUCCAUGUCCGACAGCUUCCAGACGCACGACUCGGACAUCGACAACGCCUCCGGUAUGCAGAACAGCUUCGGGAACAUGGCGCAGCAGGGCGUGCAGGCGAUGAGGAACGGUAUCGGCACCGUGACGGUGAAGGAGGACAACGACUGGUUCACCGGCCUGAAUCUGGAUGAGCUGCAAGCGCCUUUCAGCAUGGCGCAGAUGGUGAAUCCUAUCCCGAUCCACCAGACGAUGAAUCUGGCAGCUGGGCAAGGCCAUGGCUACUUGCAGUCGAUGAGCUCGCCGUCGAUGAAGAUGUGGCAGACAAUCUUGCCACCGUUCUGAGAGUUGAGAUGAAAAGGGAAAGACAUGCUCUUGUAAAUAAUGGGGGCAAUAGGAGUGUCUAGACAGGACUAGAAACAACAAAUCGAAAAUUUGGAUGGUAUGAUUCUGCGUAACUGUUGAUGUAGUCUUGUAAUGUUUAUUCAUUCGUUAGAUCUAUCUAUACAUUUGUUAACCUGCAAAAAGAUACCUUUGCAGUUCUUGAGCAAACUAUGAAGCUACUAGUAUUGUCAUAUAUAUGUUCAGUCUGAACUGAAAUUUAUGAAGGAUGAUUCUACGGCA